ACGUCAGCCAUUAGAGGGCUGAGUGCAGAGCCCUCAGCGGGGCGGGGCCGGGACACGCCUUCCCGGGUCGGCACAAAACGGCGCGCGCGCGGGCGCACGGGACACCCGCUGCCGAGCGCUUCCUGCAGAGCCGCCCGACCCGCCCGCCGCAGGUUCACGAUGCCCAACUGGGGAGGAGGCAAGAAGUGCGGGGUGUGCCAGAAGACGGUGUACUUCGCCGAGGAGGUGCAGUGCGAAGGCAGCAGCUUCCACAAGUCCUGCUUCCUGUGCAUGGUCUGCAAGAAGAACCUGGACAGCACGACCGUGGCCGUGCACGGCGAGGAGAUCUACUGCCGGUCCUGCUACGGCAAGAAGUACGGGCCCAAGGGCUAUGGCUACGGGCAGGGCGCCGGCACGCUCAGCACCGACAAGGGGGAGUCGCUGGGCAUCCGGCACGAGGAGGCCCCUGGCCACAGGCCCACCACCAACCCCAACGCCUCCAAGUUCGCCCAGAAGAUCGGGGGCUCUGAGCGCUGCCCCCGCUGCAGCCAGGCCGUGUACGCCGCCGAGAAGGUGAUCGGCGCCGGGAAGUCCUGGCAUAAGUCCUGCUUCCGCUGCGCCAAGUGCGGCAAAGGCCUGGAGUCCACCACCCUGGCCGACAAGGACGGCGAGAUUUACUGCAAAGGAUGCUACGCUAAGAACUUCGGACCCAAGGGUUUCGGCUUCGGGCAGGGGGCGGGCGCCUUGGUGCACUCCGAGUGAGGCCGCCUGCCCUCCCCGCCCCCCCACGUGCCGUCUCCACCACCCGCUCCCCGCAGCCUCGGCCACCCCCGGGACGCCUCUCCUCCGCCCUGCCCCCCCCCACGUCACCCGUGACCGGAGCGUGGUGUCUGGCCCCCUCUGGUUUGGGGGCAGCCUGAGGUCCCCCCUCAGGGGCUCCCCCUGGCCGGGGCCUGCGCCGUCACCGGCGGGAGUCUCCGUGGUUUUAGCCUCCCACACCCGCCCGCAGGCCUCCGUUCUCAGCCUCCUCGGCUGAGCGUCCACCAUCAUCUGAGCCCACAUCUCGGGGCCCAGAGGGGAGGCUGUGGUUCUGACCCCAGAGCUUCUCCUCUGCGAGAAAGAGGGAGUCCCCCCCCCCCCGCCCCCGCUCAGGAGUCACCAGGGCGGGGGAGGGGACAGAGAGGCAUGAGAACCUC